GAGCAUGGAAAUUAAAAUCAGAUUUCUAUUUUAUUAUGAUUUGAAUAUCGCGCAUUAUAUAUUCAUUGUAAACAUUUUAUCUAUUUCAUAAACUUUUGUAUGACUUUACAAAAAUAUGCAACACAAUUUAAUAUUUGCUAAAACUGGCACGACGCACGCGCACUAGUUACAUUAUCCAAAAUCUCCCAGCGCCAUAUUGAGCGAGGCGGACGUUUUAUGAUUUCAGUGAACAAAAUUGUGGUUAGUGCAAUAAGUUGAAGUGAAAGUCUUGAUCGUGCCCUAUGGAUAUAUAUUCGGGAGUGGUGUGCCUCGGUUGAUAGGCCUGCCGAAAGGACAGGGCUCCCCGCGCGAGGACAGUUUGCGGCGCUCCGCCCUGAGGAAACAUGGAGUGCUGCAUGUCAGAAGAAGCCAAAGAACAGAAAAGAAUCAAUCAAGAAAUAGAGCGGCAACUCCGAAAGGACAAACGCGAUGCCAGGAGAGAACUCAAAUUGCUUCUACUGGGUACGGGCGAGUCGGGCAAGUCCACAUUCAUCAAGCAGAUGAGAAUCAUUCACGGGUCGGGCUACAGCGACGAAGACAAGCGCGGCUUCAUCAAACUCGUCUACCAGAACAUCUUCAUGGCCAUGCAGAGUAUGAUACGCGCCAUGGACCUACUCAAAAUUCAAUACGGAAAUCCGUCCAAUGCAGAAAAGGCGGAGUUGAUAUCGGCCAUCGACUUUGAGAGCGUGACCACGUUCGAGAGCCCGUACGUGGAGGCUAUCAAGGGGCUGUGGGCCGACUCCGGCAUACAGGAGUGCUACGAUCGCAGGCGAGAGUAUCAGCUCACUGAUUCGGCCAAAUAUUACUUGCAGGAAAUCGAUCGUGUCGCGGCACCAAAUUACUUACCGACCGAACAAGACAUCCUCCGCGUCAGAGUGCCCACAACGGGCAUCAUCGAAUACCCGUUUGACUUGGAAGAGAUACGAUUUAGCUACUUAAGUGAUCUGGAGAGAAUCGAAAGUGCUGAUUACCUACCGACCGAGCAAGACAUUCUGCGCGCCCGACAACCGACCACAGGCAUUCUAGAAUAUCCUUUCGAUCUAGAUGGCAUUAUAUUUAGGAUGGUGGACGUCGGGGGCCAAAGAUCUGAGAGAAGGAAGUGGAUCCAUUGUUUUGAAAAUGUCACAUCUAUCAUAUUCUUAGUAGCCCUUAGUGAAUAUGAUCAAAUUUUAUUCGAAUCUGAAAAUGAGAACCGAAUGGAAGAAUCCAAGGCGUUAUUCAAGACGAUCAUCACGUAUCCAUGGUUCCAGCACUCGUCGGUAAUUUUGUUCCUCAACAAGAAGGAUUUGCUCGAAGAAAAGAUCAUGUACUCGCAUCUCGUCGACUAUUUCCCUGAAUACGAUGGUCCACAGCGCGACGCGAGCACUGCCCGUGAAUUUAUACUACGAAUGUUCGUCGAUUUAAAUCCCGACGCUGAGAAAAUUAUUUAUUCGCAUUUCACCUGUGCGACGGACACCGAAAACAUCCGUUUCGUGUUCGCGGCGGUGAAGGACACAAUCCUGCAGUCUAACCUCAAGGAGUACAACCUCGUCUAAGCGACAACCACGUGGUCCCUGACACAAAUCUGUGAUUGUGUAUAACACGUAAUUUAAACAUCAUUUCACGACAAUGUAUAAAUUCACGAACUAAGAUCGAAUAGACGAACGUAAUUCAUCUUAAACAGAUUUAUGAGAAUGUAAGGUUAGAUUGUAAGUCAUUUAACCUAAAUUAAUAGGCACCAAGUCGGACGGUGUCCUCGGACAACAUUCGUUCUCGAUCCGUACGGGUCGGUUUAGGACCUUUUUUGACAUGUUUUUUUAUAUUGAGGUAAUUCACAAUUUAUGUAUGUGUCUGUAUCGGUGAAUAUUAAAUUGUGCAUUUUUUAAAGCUCGCGACGAGUCGUGGCCUCGCCGCGAGCUGCUUUUAGUCAUUGUUUUAGAUUUUUGUAAAGUUUGUUGCCAUAAUAUCUUUCUACAUUAGUAUACAUUUAUGUCCAGACGAAUGGAUUUGAGAAACUAGUCCAAUGAAGUCACGGCGUGUGUAUCGUGAGGCAGUCGGUGACUGGCCUGUAUUGUACGUAUUUAUUUAAGCUGUGAGCCGUGUCGGUAGGGUUAAGUUUGUCGCAACUCGCACUAUGUACCGUUCGUUUGCAACCAACAUCUGUCUACGGCGUUACUUUUGUACAUUACGUUUUGUCGGUUGACAUGAUAUGUCACGUGUUUAUUUAUAAUCCUGUUUAUAUGUAACGAUGGUGUUUUCUACAAGAAUUGACUCGUCACAGUGUUCCGUUGACGGUAGGCUUCGUGUACGCGGUGUUGUUUUGAGUUUGUCCCUAACGAGUCUGUGUGAGGUGAGUCCAUGCGGCGAGUGGAUAGGACGUUACUCUGUACGUUAGUUGUGUAAGGACAUUUUUAAAUGCAUUUGAUAUAAACUUUUUUUACUAGAAAUCCAAGUAAUACAUCAUGGCGAAAUGUGAAACGUUUUAAACUGAAACUGAAGAUUUUUGCACGAAAGCUUAACACAGAAUGUAAUAUAUUGUACAUUUGGGUCUAAAUGUGCUGAGUGAAUUGAGCUGACAGUUCAAUGCCAAGUUUUGCUAUUGGCACCCAUUGGCCACCUUGCGGGAAACGCAACCGUGAGAAAUAUAUACACUUUAUUAUUGUUUUCUAUCAUAUUUUUGAGAUUUUUUUAAGUAUUACAUUAUGCUUAAUUUAGUGUGUUGCUUCGUGUUUAUGAUUAGUUAUUUUAUGUAUAGUAAGAAACAGAGUUUCUAUAUUAUGAACAUGUAACUUAUUUGUGUUAACUUAUUUGUUGUUGUGCCUAUCUCUGUAAUGUUCUUGACUCGUUUUAUUGAUUAGGGAAUAACGAAUAGCUGACACUGUCAAUAGCAAAACUGUUUGCUUCCAAGAGUACCUACAGCUGUCUUUAUGCUCAAAAAUCAUGUGAAUUUGGAACUUAGCGCACAAUAUUGGAUUCUUUCUACUCGUGUUACCCACUUGAUGCAAUCCUUGUGUAACCCUCGACACAGUUAUACAAUUUCGUUUGUGCAAUUUUACAGCAAUAUUUAUUGAUUUCGGUUCGGCGAAGGGUCGUUUCCUAUUCUAUCGCUUGCGUGCCAAUGGUUUCUUAUUGACGUAAGCAAAUGCAUGCUUAGAUAUUUUUGUUAUUAUAUUCUUUACAUAUAUUUUAUUUAGAAGUUAUGCUGUAUUGAUAAAUAAUAUAAUUUUUGUGCCGCUCUCGUGUAACCGGGUACACGAUACCGCUCCGGGCGUCGAUUUCACGAGACUGUACGCGUAAACCAAAGAUAUAGUGACAUUUUAUAUGAAGUUCAGUUUCGAUUGUAAAUUAACAGUCUCCAAAAUGGACGUCGGUCACGUUAUAUCACAUCGAGAACAAACCGCGCGGGCUUUACUUGAAACGUGUGAAGCAUAAAUUAUACGACAGUAACGCUAGCUAUAAUGGACUGAUUAUUUAAUUAUAAACGUAUUUUUAAACUCCAACACAGAGGACCAAUACAAUAUCUUAAAACAAAAAAAAAAGUAUAUCACACUCUUAAUUUGGUCGUAUAGUAUAUGUCAAGGGAUAAACAAUGCACAAAAUAUAUUUUAAGCCUCGAUUAGUUACGUUUCGCGCACAAACGACAGAUGGAUAUUUAUAUUUUUAUUUAUUUAUACAAGUUAAUUUAUGAAUGUUAUGGAUUUUGAUAUUUUACUGUAGCGGAGCGUUGGCACGCACGCGACGGCUCCGAGCCCGGUUCCUUUCUCUCGACUGAACUUACCGGUGUGUUUCUUAUUUGCAAGUGGGCGAAGACUACACAUGUUGCUAAACUAUACUAUAGUCUAACGUUGCUUUACCUUUUGCGUGAGAUUGUAAGAAUUUUAGCUUAAGUUUCGACUGAAGAUGGAUGCCUGUAUGUAAUAUUGUAAAUUAUAAUUUCUCAUAAAAUAUAAUUUUUUUCAGCUA